UGGAACCGCACUUGUAACGUUAGAGAAACGCCUUUUAAAGUCUCAGUGGUGGAAAAUGUAAUCAAAAUACCUAUAAAUAACUCAAUAGCAGUGACUGUGAAAGCUUUAAAAGAUUAAAUUACGAUUUGGGAAUUUUCUAUUAAAGAAGUUUACCUAAGUCUAAUCGAAAUGUCACGUCAAUCGAAACAUUCGAUAAAGAAAAACGAUUUCGAAUCACAUCUGGAAUAAUCCAUCGCUUUGGAGACUUGACAUAAAGUUGAGUUAAUAAAUCUUAUAAAUAAAACCGAAUGAAGAAUUAUUAUUGAAAAUAUUUCAAAACCUCAAAGACUUACGAGGUAGUAAGGUGUAUUUUUCUUUGCACCUGCGAACUCCUGAAAACAGAUGUUACAGUUUGAAAAUCCAAUUGAAGUGUACUGAUUUAUAUCUAAAAUGGUGUACAAAAGUGUUUACUUCAAGGACUAUCCUUACGAGUAUUUGCGAUGCAAGACUGAUGUGCAGCCGUGGAAUAUGGAGACCAGGGCUGAUGAUGAAGAGGCUCCCACUGACCCAGCUGCGAGGAAACAAACCCAUCACGAUUACACUGAACAGGAUUUUGAAGGGCACCGGGCUCAUACAGUCUUCGUUGGGGUCCACGUGCCGGCCCGACGACACUCCCAUAGGAAACACAAGCACCACCACCGCAAUGGGGAUAAGGAUGCUGACAGGCCAGUAACACCACCAGCGCAAAGAGUACAAUUUAUACUUGGUGAGGAUCUUGAUGAUGGCACCCUCGAAUCACAUCCCCUGUUUUCUGAGAUGGAAGAGCUGGUUAAGGAUGGAGAUGAACUGGAAUGGAAAGAAACAGCACGAUGGAUUAAAUUUGAAGAAGACGUGGAGGAAGGUGGCAAUAGAUGGUCGAAGCCUCACGUGGCUACGUUAUCUCUUCACUCACUCUUCGAACUCCGAAGCCUAAUACUAAACGGAUCAGUUAUCUUGGAUAUGGAAGCGAAUUCUCUAGAACAAGUAGCCGAUCAUGUUCUGGACAGCAUGGUAGCUGACGGAUCUUUAGGAUAUGAUAGUAGAGAGAAAGUGAAAGACGCUUUGCUAAGAAGACAUAGGCAUCAACAUGAGAGGCGAAAUCACAAUAACAUGUCACGACUACCUUUGAUCAGGUCUCUUGCUGACAUUGGACGGAAUCAUUCUUCUUGUAAAAUGGAUGAAGGCGGUUCUACAAGUGGACACUCCCACAAAGGAGAUUUCAAUCGUUUCCUAGGCAUCCCCAAUGCGGGUUCCGGCCAUGAUGAAGGUAUGGUGAAAAGCCCCAGUAGUCUUUCAAUGCAAAGAAACCAUAGUUCUGGUGAUCUACCAAUGAACGGUGAUAUAAACCACAAAAGCAACGUGAAUUUUAUGCGUAAGAUACCACCGGGGGCUGAAGCUUCUAACAUAUUAGUCGGUGAAGUAGACUUCCUUGAAAAAACUCUCUCAGCUUUCGUCAGACUUAAAACUGGAACUAUAAUGGGAGAUCUUACAGAAGUACCAGUACCGACUCGAUUUAUGUUCGUGUUAUUAGGACCACCGAACAGUAAUUCUAGUUUCCACGAAAUCGGACGGGCAAUGGCUACAUUGAUGUCGGAUGAAAUAUUUCAUGAAGUUGCCUACCGCGCAAAAAAGAGAGAUCACUUGCUAGCUGGUAUAGACGAGUUUCUGGAUGCUGUAACGGUCUUACCUCCCGGAGAAUGGGAUCCAGCAAUACGUAUUGAACCUCCUGCUGCUAUCCCUUCUCAAGACCCCCGAAAACGGCCAAAUGAUAAUAAUCCAAAAGACGAACCUGAUGAAGAAGAAGAGGAACAGAGACAGAGAGAAGAAUCAGGGUUAGCAAGAACUGGAAGACUGUUUGGAGGAUUAGUUAAUGAUCUAAAAAGGAAAAGGCCCUGGUAUUGGUCGGAUUUCAAAGACGCAUUAGCAUUACAAUGUAUAGCUUCCUGGAUUUUCCUCUACUUUGCCUGUCUAUCUCCUAUCAUUACUUUUGGAGGUUUGUUAGGAGAGGCAACUGGAAAGAACAUGGCAGCCAUGGAAUCUCUCGUAUCAGGAUUCGUAUGCGGCAUGGGCUAUGGGUUUUUUUCAGGACAACCUUUGACAAUUUUAGGAUCUACAGGCCCUGUAUUAGUAUUCGAAACUAUAGUGUUUGAAUUCUGUCGACAGCUGGGUUGGAAUUACAUGUCAUUUAGGUUUUGUAUUGGAACAUGGAUAACUAUAAUACUGAUAAUUCUGGUAGCAAUAGAUGCGAGUGCAUUAGUCUGCUACAUCACGAGGUUUACCGAAGAAAACUUUGCUACUUUAAUCGCGUUUAUAUUUAUUUACAAGGCAGUGGAAAAUGUUAUUUCUAUCGGCAAGAAAUACCCUCUAAAGACACGCCCUGAUGAAGUUCUCAAUUAUGAGUGCUACUGUUUACCAAGUAAUUACUCCAGAGUGCCCGAGCAGUUUAAUUGGUCGUUAGUCGACAAGGAGUCUUGUCAGCUUUAUAAUGGUACUCUGGCAGGAGGAGGAUGUGAUACGAAAGUUUACGUGCCGGACGUAUACUUGAUGUCGAUCAUUUUAUUCUUGGGAACUUUUACGAUAUCAAUAAUUUUAAAGGACUUCAAAAAUUCUUUAUUUUUCCCAUCUAAGAUCCGAAGUGUCAUCAGUGAUUUUUCUGUAAUUAUUGCAAUCCUAUCAAUGUCCUUCUUAGAUUACAAAGUGGGUGUUAAAACACCAAAACUUGAAGUGCCGUCUGAAUUUAAGCCUACUCUCCCGACACGAGAAUGGGUCAUAACACCAUUUAAUGGAAACCCUUUUUGGUCCGCCAUCAUUGCUAUAUUACCAGCACUUUUAGGCACAAUAUUAAUAUUCAUGGACCAGCAAAUAACUGCUGUGAUAGUCAAUAGGAAAGAGAAUAAAUUGAAGAAAGGAUGUGGUUACCAUUUGGACUUGUUCGUCUUAGCGAUCUUGAUACAGAUUUGCUCGAUUAUGGGGUUGCCAUGGUUUGUGGCGGCUACAGUUCUAAGCAUCAACCACGUGAACUCCUUGAAAGUAGAAUCUGAAUGUGCAGCUCCAGGAGAAAAGCCCCAAUUCUUAGGAGUAAGAGAACAAAGAGUGACCCAUAUUUUGAUAUUUUUAACAAUAGGCUGUUCAGUUGUGCUGACUCCAAUAUUGAGCCAUAUACCGAUGCCUGUACUUUUUGGAGUUUUCUUAUACAUGGGGGUUGCAUCUUUGAAAGGGCUUCAAUUCUUUGACAGAAUUCUGAUCAUGUUCAUGCCGCAAAAAUAUCAACCUGAUCACAUGUUCUUGAGACAGGUGCCAAUACGUCGAGUCCACAUUUUCACAGCAAUCCAAUUGACAUGCCUUAUUUGCCUUUGGGUGAUAAAAUCGUUCUCGUCCACCUCCAUUCUGUUCCCGCUCAUGUUGGUAGUAAUGAUCGGAAUCAGGAAAUCUUUGGAUUUCUUUUUCACUCGACGAGAAAUGAAGAUCCUGGAUGACGUAAUGCCAGAAAUGACCAAGCGGAAUCAGGACGAAUUACGGGAGCUGGGAGACGCAGAGGUAACGAACAAAAGCAAUCCUCCGCCGUACCAGGAAAACCUACAAAUCCCGUUGAUCAAUGGUAACAUAAUGAACAUACCAUUAGCGUCAAUAAACAUAUCGGAAGAGGUAAACAAGACGGGAAUAUGGAAACAAGUCAAUAAUGAUAACAAGAACAAAAAAGGCGAAUCGAAGGAUUUCAAACACAAAGGAGGGAAGAAAAAUAUCAAGCACAAGAAACUGAUGUCCAAAACCACACUAUCCGAGAUUGAGAGGCGUCUAUCAACCAUGGAUGAGGCGGAUGAAGAGGAUUCCACGAAGAACGAAGUAAGACGCAAGGAGUCGUGGAGCGGAAGUAGAAAGGUUGACUCUAGGAAAAAUAGUACGUCAGCUGAAACUUCGGUCUAAAGCAUUUGUAUUUAAAUGUGCCUUCAUGAUAUAACCUCCGGCAUGGUAAGGCUUGAACUGUAUGA